AUGAGCACUGAGGACAAGACAACAAAGACCCAGCCCGAUAUGGGCCACCAACAGGGUCAGGAUAGCCCUGCCUCCAUUCGAGGCAUCGACGGCAACGAGAUCAGCAACAUCAACGAUGCCAACGAUGAUAUCAUGACCUCUAAGGAGCAGCACUCAGACGAGCCCGUUCAAAACAUCUUCAACCAAGGCGGCAAGAACUACAGAACUCUAGGCAAGUGGGACACCGUCUUCGUCCUUAUCACCAACCAGGUUGGUCUUGGUGUUCUGUCUCUCCCCGGUUGUCUUCAAGUUCUCGGUGUCGUCCCAGGUGUCAUCGCCGUUAUUGGUCUCGGUUGUCUGUCUGCCUAUACUGCCUACGAACUCCUCCAAUUCUACAGAAAGUACCCCCACGUGGUUAACGUCGUCGACAUGUGUGGAAUCAUCGGCGGAAGACCUCUGGAGAUAAUUGCUGGUAUUGGGUUGAUGAUCAAAGUUAUGAUGACUUGCGCGUCUGCCAGCGUAACGUUGUCUGUUGCGUUCAAUACCCUUAGUAACCACUCUCUAUGUACUGUCAGCUUCGUCAUUAUCGCCACUGUCGCAUGCUGGGUUUUGUGUCUUCCCCGAACCGUUAAAUUCGUCUCGCAAUCCGGAAUCCCAUCCACCCUCAGCAUUUUGGCCGCCGCCCUCACUGUCAUGAUCAGCUUGGGCUUUUCCUCACCUUCUCAGGCUCCUCCUGGCUGGGACAGGGAGAUCAAAGUCGUUGGUAACCCUACUUUCCGUCAAGGUCUCAACGCCUGUCUGAAGAUCUGCUAUGCGUACGCAGGAAACAUCAGCUUCGUUUCAUACAUGGCCGAGAUGAAGAACCCCAGCCGAGACUUCCCCAUGGCUUUGGCCUGCCUUGAAUGCUUCUCUAUCAGUCUUUACACCAUUGUCGCUGUCGCCAUCUAUUGUCUGGCCGGCGACUACACUACAUCCCCCGCUUUGGGAUCGGCGCCUAGACUUGCUGCUAAAGUCGCGUAUGGACUCGUUUUGCCAUGUGUGUUCGCGACCGCCAUGGCAUUCGGUCACACUGGCAUCAAAUACAUGUACGUUGUUGCCAUGCGUGGCCUCAAAGCCACCCACCAAGUCACAGACCAAAGUGUCAAGUCAUGGAGCGUUUGGGUUACCUGCGUGACAGUAUACUGGAUUAUUGUCUUUGUCAUUUCCAACGCUAUUCCUAUCUUUGACUCUAUCCUCUCUAUCUCUUCUGCGACAACAAUUGCCUGGUUCACUUUCGGUCUCAGUGCCAUCUUCUGGUUCCACAUCAACAAGGGCCAAUAUACCAAGAAUUGGAAGAAGAUUGCUCUGUGCAUCCUUAACGGACUCCUUAUUGUCCAAUCGCUGUUUAUGAACGGUGGUGGAUUGUGGUCAUCGAUUACCGAAUUGCUCAACAUCUUUGAGAAUGAUUCAAGCAAGAUCCGGGGCACUUUCUCGUGCGGUGACAACUCCAUUUAG